GUCCCAAACAAAUCCUUUAAAAAGAUGCUUGUUCACUUUACACUUGCCAAUAUCAGUUUUUCAGCAAUUGAGCUUCAAGAGCAAGUCUUGACAGAAGAAAAAGGAAUACCAGCUUCGUCUUUUGAGUGGACAAUGAAGAUCCCACUUGCCUGUUUGCUGUUGCUUUUCAGCUCUGCAAUCUGCCAAGAUCAAAGAGUUAGAGAACGUUACCGAAAAUUUAUAAAGCAGCAUAUCAAUGUACAUAUGAGCCGAACCCGAUGUGAUGCAGAAAUUAGCCAACGACGCAUUUCAAAAACUGACAGCAAUGAAUGUAAGGAGACCAACACUUUCAUCAGAGCCAACACUAACCUAGUUAAACGGAUUUGUGGAGGUGCAGGUGAGCCUGCACCUGAUCAAAUGAGGAAAAGCCUUCAACCAUUUGAUGUUGUUGUCUGUACUCUGAGAAACGAAGGUGCCAGACAUCCACAUUGCCAGUACAGGGGAGCUAGUCGUACCAGAAGAAUUGCUAUCAAAUGUGAGCAAGACUUUCCUGUACAUUUUGACAGAGACAUUGUUGUUUUUGAUAAUUAGAUCCACUGGGCUUGUGUGCCUUUUUAAAUAAAAAAAAAGUUCUAAAUUUGUA